UGCGCUGUGGUGUAUGUCUUGAUGUACAUCCUUUCUGCUGAAAUGCAGCAAAUCACCAGCUGGUGCCUGCUUGCUAGGUCCAUUACGGUAUUCCGCAUGCUAUCUAACGGUGGAGCAGAGGAGCUUGACGGAUGCAGAGAUAGAAAAGAGGGAGAGAACAAGAGAAGCACAGAUUCCUGCGAAUCCAGACCUUAACAGCAGCCUCAUUUUUACCACAGCAAAGCCACAAGAGCUUCGGUCAUCCUCCUCAUCAUGUUGAGGAAGGGCUCAGAGCUGCUGAAGGGAGACAGAGAAGUCCUCCUAGAUCUGGACUAUGGAGGUGAAGCACAAACCACAGACAGCUAUGGGAGUCUGCAGAACGGGAGCUUCAUCCCGCCGAGAUAUCUUUCAGCUGCAGCUGCUGAUGAAGAUGAGGAUGGUGAUGAUCCCAUUCAUAUUCACUGUAAUACAAAAAGUAACCAGCUGCCUCCACAGCUUGGGAAUUACUUCAGAGAUGGCAGAACCAAAAUCGACUUUGUACUGGUGUGGGAAAUUCGCUCCAGGAGGAAACGGCGAGGGAAGGGGAAGGUGACGGGUGAGGAUGGGGAGGCCGUGCCCACUGAGGACAACAGCAGGUCUGAACGAAAGAAAGCACAGCUGGCACAGUGGAGGGAGAAGUUUGUUCAGAAUCUGGAGAGUGCUGGAUUGCUUAUGGAGAAGGAGGAAACAGCAAACGAAAAGAAAACAAUACAUUUUCUGAAACUUAGUGCUCCUUGGGAUGUGUUGGUGUAUUACGCUGAGGAACUCUGUGUGAGAGCUCCAUUGCAGGCACAGCCAAAUCUGGACUUAAACACAUCUGCUCGGGUAAUGAGAAGACUAUGCAUACCUAACGUGAUGAUGGAGUCAGUGCCAAACAGGCCGCUAGACUAUUACACAUGUGCCUUUCGCAAGUCAAAGAUGAACAGGUUCCUUGGCUGUGACGACCAUGAAAACUACUUCACUAAUACACAGAGACACCGUGUUGUGUAUGAGAUUCUCGCCAGGACGGUGUACGGCAAAAGAAAGAGGGCUGAGGUUGGUGUGGACAGACUGGUAAAUGAAGGGGUGUACACAGCUGCUUUCCCCCUGCACGAGGGAACCUUUAAGCUUCCAAGGUAUGAGAUCCGUCCUGAUGAGCUGAACCAGAGACAGAUUCUUUACCACUACUGGGCACGCUGGUGCAAAUGGUACAAGUACCAACCACUGGACCACAUCAGGGAGUACUUUGGAGAAAAGAUUGCAUUCUACUUUGCCUGGCUGGGUUUCUACACAGCCUGGCUGCUGCCAGCGGCAGUGGUCGGAACCCUGGUCUUUGUUUCUGGAGUCAUGUCCAUGGGUACCAACACACCAGCCAAGGAAAUCUGUAACAGCGGAGCCAGUUAUCUGAUGUGUCCUCUGUGCAACACAUGCAAGGCCUGGAACAUGUCUGAUAUCUGCACCAUGGCCAAGUUGGGCUACUUAUUUGACCACCCAGGUACGGUCCUCUUCAGUGUGUUCAUGUCCUUCUGGGCCGUAACCUUCCUGGAGUACUGGAAGCGAAAGAUGGCCACCUUGGCUCAUCACUGGGACUGCAUGGACUUCCAUGAAGAAGAGGAGCGUCCUCGGCCGGAGUUUGCAGCCAUGGCCCCGACGAUGGAGCAAAACCCAGUGACCGGGGUCAAAGAGCCCUACUUUCCAGAGAAGACCAGGCUGUCCCGCAUGUUCACUGGCUCCAUGGUGAUCAUUAUGAUGCUGUGUGUGGUGAUGAUCUUCCUGGUGACAGUUGUCAUGUGCCGCGGUAUCAUCAGUGUGAUGAUGUUUCAUACGGGGAGCCCCGUCCUGCGUACAGAGGCAGGAACCAUUGCCAACAUCUCCAGCAGUAUUGUGAAUCUGGGUCUUAUCCUGUUGAUGGGCCGGGUCUACACUGCAUUAGCUGAACAGCUCACUAAAUGGGAGAUGCACAGAACACAAACCCAGUAUGACAACGCCUUCAUCUUCAAGGUGUUCAUCUUCCAGUUUGUUAACUUCUACUCGUCCCCUUUUUAUGUGGCUUUCUUUAAAGGAAGGUUUGUGGGUUACCCCACCAACUAUGGGACCUUGUUUGGGAUGAGAAACGAAGACUGUGGUCCGGGCGGCUGCCUCAUUGAACUGGCUGAGCAACUCUUCAUCAUCAUGGUGGGGAAGCAACUCAUCAACAACGUUCAGGAGUUCAUUAUCCCUAAAGUGAAGGCCUGGCAUCAGAAGAGAACUUUGGCCAAGGUGAUGGGGGAUAAGGCAGCUCAUGAGCCUCAGCGCUGGGAGGAAGACUACCAGCUGGUGGAGUGUGAAGGCCUGUUUGAAGAGUACCUGGAGAUGGUGCUCCAAUUUGGAUUCAUCACCAUCUUCGUGGCAGCGUUCCCCCUCGCUCCACUCUUCGCACUCCUCAACAACUGGGUGGAAAUCCGUCUGGAUGCCCACAAGUUUGCAUGCGAGUACCGGCGUCCGGUGGCAGAGCGCGCCCAGAACAUUGGAGUCUGGUUCAACAUACUGGAAGCCCUGUCACACCUGUCCGUCAUCGCCAAUGCUUUCCUAAUAGCCUUCACGUCAGAUUUUUUACCUCGCCUGCUCUACCAGUACAAGUUCAACAACGACCUUGAUGGAUACGUCAACUUCACCUUGGCUUACGCACCACUAAACUACACCGAGUACCCCAUGUGCAGAUAUAAAGCGUACAGAGACAACACUGGAAACUACUCACUGUUCUACUGGGAGCUUCUUGCUGUCAGACUUGGUUUUAUCAUCGCCUUUGAGCAUGUGGUGUUCUUCGUGCUGCGAGCCAUCGACUGGAUCGUACCAGACUUCCCCGAAUCCCUGGAGCUGAAGAUCAAGAGGGAGCGCUACCUGGCGAAGCAGGCUCUGGCUGAAAAUCAGGAGGCUCUGUUGGUGAGUCGAGGCCGAGGGGCCAACCCUGCCACCCCAGGCACCUCCAGCCCAGUGAAUGUUGCUGGAUGAGGACAGCAAGCGACGCGUCCUUUGGAAACAUGAGUUAGGACUCCAGCGUGGAGAACUAGUGCUUCGAGGGGAGAACGGGAGGAACACUGGAGGGAUACAAGACACUCCUUCACAUCUGGCAUAACAUCAGUGAACUUUUUCCCUCCCUGAGUGGUAUACACAUAUAUUUUUUAUUUUUUAUUCUACUCAUGUGCAUACUGCUGCACGGACAUUAUAAUAAGCAGGUGUGUAAUUGUGGCUUAACUCACCCAAAACAUAAAUAUAUUCAUACUAGGCCUAUACAGAUGACAUUUUCACAUGUGCAAGGGUCUGUCCCUGAUCACGACUUUGCUGUCCAAAUGGGUUACUGACUCUACAGUAACUAGGCCUUAUCCUGUGUGAAGGAAAAAGAAAAACACUCUGAAAAAUGUGAUUAAUAUUUGAAUAUUUGUAAUUAAUGUUUGAAUAUGCAAUUAUUUUAAGCCUGCUUACAGUCUCUGAAAACAGUUAGAAGCAAAAAAACAACUUCAAAAUCCAGACUUCCUUUGCCUGGUUAUCCCAGUCUGAUGUUUCUCUAUUGGAUCAAGUGCAUUUGUUUAUUUAUUUAAUUGUGUUGGCAGAAAUAUAAAAGUACUACAUAAAUAUACUGUAUAUAAAAAUGAAUCGUGGCUAACUUGGGGUAAACGUCAGUGGCCAAAAUGCAACAAAAAGAACAGGCACAAUAUCGAUCAUAAUGAAACCACAUCCAUACCACUAUGUGCUGACAGAACGCAGCAUGAAUUGUAAAUGCUAUCAGACUGUUUUCAGGUACUGUUGGGUCCUCUUCACACACACCUGAAACCUGCAUCAGACCUGAGGGUGACUACAAGUUAUGGAUGCAAUGGUAUCACAGUAAAUUGAUGUUAUAUGUUUUUAACAAAAUUAAAGAGUAACUUAAUCCCUCCUAAAAAAUGUUGUUUUUGAUGACAUCUUGUGGUUGAAGUUCCCACCUUGAUGCAGUGACAUCACUGUUGUUGGGUGUGGUUGCAGAUGCAACAGAGCACACUUUUGAACACACCCAACCACACCCAUCAAAUCAAGCUGGGUGUGGUCAGAGGUGGAACUUUCAACCAGAGAGGGCAGUGAAACACUGCUGUUAAGUUACUCUUUAAAAGGGUGCUCCAAUGAAGUCGGGGAACAACAAGUCCUAGUGCAUAUCAAAUUAUUAUGUUUUGUAAUGCCUUUCAUAAAGUUGUAAACUGAGAAGGUUAUUAUAAGAGUUACAAAAGGUUCAUUUUCUGCACAGAAACUGUCCUGGAUGAAUCAUCUUUACAAAGGAUUCGUAACCAUGCUGGAAAAUACCAGGAACGGUUAGUCACAAAUACUACCUGUGUACAUCAAAACAACUCCCAAGGUGUAUUUCAGUAAGAAACAUCCAAUCACUGGCCUUAUAAUUCUCUAUAUGCACUGAUGACAAUGAAUGGAAAAAAUGUAUGACAUCAUCAGGGUUAUUUUUUUCUUACAAAGUUCCUGCAGUGUGACAGACGACAUAAAAACUGAUGUGUCUGUGUAAAAUCAGUGGAGUGCCCCUCAAGGUAGAGUUGACAUUGCUGUUGUUUUCUUUAUGAUGGCCCCUUCAGGUCAAAGUACACCUACUUUUUACCACCGGCUGAUGCUGUAAAAAGGCAAAGAACCAACAUCAACAUCAUCUUUUUUUUCCCUCCCCUGUUCAUUUGUAGUCUGAUCGUGAGCACAUACAUCUUCUGUUGUCUUCACUACGAUGAAGAACAUCCACAAACAUCUACACCAUCCUCUGCAGUGUGUAUGUACAUACACAUAUACUGCACAUGUUUACUGAGCAUGUCCGUCUUUUCUACUUGAAUACUCUGCAGAGUUCCACAUGGAGGAUUUGUGAGAGUUGCUUCUGUACGAUACUGUAAACACAAGUGAAACAGGACCUCGAUAUAGAAAAUAUUUUGUGUGUGAGCUGUUUUUCAUUUAAGACCUUUUAGAACCAAAUAAAUCUAGUUUAAUGAAUGCAAAUGCCUCCUCAGCGUGGGAUUAUGAAUUGCUGAUGUGUCAGGUGGGGGAUCCUGUUCUCUUCUGUGCUGUAGGGAUCAACUUUAAUGUUAUCACAGCUUUCUAUCUACCUCCUCCACUUUCUUCUCCAUCUCUCCCACCCGCCCCCCCUCAAAGGAUGUAACCUUCUCCACGCAGCAGAGACCUGCAGACAGAUGAAGAAGACUCUGAUUUAUUAGGAGUCAGAAACAGACAGGUGUUCGUUGAUGAUUUCUCUCUUCCUCUGUCUCCUCCCCUCACAAACUCCACCGAUGGCUGUGCCUUUGGGCAACUCCUGACUUUUAUUUUAUCUUUUCUCCUCCUCUUCCUUCUCACCCUUUUCACCCAUUUCUGUACUCUCUCUCCUCCCUCUAAAUAUCUUAUUUCACUUUUGUCAUUCUUAUUUAUUUUUUUUUUACACGCUCUCUCCUCUUCUCCUUCUCCCUCCCUUUCCUCUCUCUUGGCCACAUUCAUCUUCUGAUUGUUAUGAUUGCUGCGCGUUCCUCUGCCAUGGCCUGCAGGAAGAGUGAGUUAGUACAUGUCAGCGAACACAGGUAUGCACUGUGGACACCGGCUGGCUCAUUUACCGACUGCUGGAGCGAAGAAGGAGACGAUUUCCUGCAUGAGCUGCAAAACAAAGCUCCAAACGAGCUACGAGGUAACGAUGCAGCGAACAAGACGCUGCAAUAUGGCACGUGGAGGAGACUCACCUUAAAAAAUUGCCCAAAAACAACUUAUUAAAAAGUAUUGCAUUCCUGAGAAGUCAAGUAUGAUGCAGAUAUAGCUGGGUGAUGAA